AUGCCUACAGAAUUUAUUAGCGUCACGUUCCCAAACGCAUCUACUGAACUGGUUCCCAUUCCGGAUGCUGGUAUCGACCCUGAUUACCUCACCCGCUAUGCGAGAUCACUUGACGACUAUGAGUUCAACUACACGCUCGUACCGUAUGGCUCAUCCUCAUAUGACCCAUUCACCAUCGGCGCAACCAUCGCUGCCGUGACCAAGAACCUCAAAAUCAUCAUUGCGCUUAGACCAAACACACUUCCUCCAACUGUCGCCGCAAAGGCUUUGGCAACACUUGACCAACUGAGUCGAGGCCGCGCUGUUGUGCAUUUCAUCGCCGGUGGCAGCGAUGCCGAGCAGGCGAAAGAGGGCGAUUUCCUGAACAAGGAAGAGCGUUAUGGGAGGCUCGAAGAAUAUAUCAAGAUUCUUCGCCGAGCAUGGCAAUCCGCCGAUCCAUUUGACUGGGAUGGAAAGUACUUCCAAUUCAAGCAGUUCACCAACCAGGUCCGUCCUGUCAAUGGCACAAUUCCCGUAUCGGUUGGCGGGUCGUCCGACGAAGCAUAUCGUAUUGGUGGCUCACUUGCCGAUAUUUUUGGACUCUGGGGAGAACCUCUGAAGGAAACCAAGGAGCAAAUUGAUCGCAUUUACGCAGAGGCCAAGAAAGCAGGUCGAGCGGAUAACGACCGCCCACGAAUUUGGGUGACGUUCCGUCCUAUUGUCGCGGAAACCGAAGAGUUGGCUUGGGCUAAAGCCCACCGUACUUUAGACGCUCUGAAAGGGGGAAAGCCAACGAAUGGAGUGGCCAAGACACCAGCAGAUACCCUCGACAAAGCCGCUCCCCAGCCGCAAAACGUGGGCUCCCAACGCUUGCUUGAAAUCGCUUCUCGUGGAGAGGUCCAAGAUCGGGCUCUUUGGUAUCCUACUGUCACCGCGACCAAUGCCCGUGGCGCAUCCACUGCUCUGGUUGGAUCUCCACAGACGAUUGUGGAUUCGAUCCUUGAUUAUGUUGAUCUUGGAGCAGAAUUAAUCUCGAUUCGAGGGUACGAUAACCUCAAUGAUGCAAUUGAUUAUGGACGUUAUGUGCUGCCAAAGGUGCGGGAAGGGUUGAAGGAUCGGGAAAGUCACUCAAAGUGA